AAUGCUCCGGUGCCAUUAUGCGUCGUGUAAGGGGCUGCUGGAGAUAAUAGAGCUUGCUACGUUUAUCUCAUUUUAAUCAGUUUACGUUUGGAAAUGAAGUUGAGCUGAUUAAUCAUGGCUUAAAUAAGCAGGUUGUUAACGGUGGGACGUCCAUCGACUGUAGCUCAGGCGGGGGAUGCCCAGCGGGAGCUGGCUAUUCCGGCGAGCCAUGCGGCUGCUCCUACGAUGGCUGCGGUCGUGUGUGAAACAGGGACGCAGUAAGCCCUCCAAGCGGCUGGGGGAGCUGUGGCUCUACAGCAGGCUGCUGCUCCGCUCCCUCUGCUUCAGCGAGACCACCAACUCUGACGUGGUCGUAGACUCCCUCUUCGAGCCAGUGUACUGGCUGGUGGACCACCUGACCCGCUGGUUUGGCGUGGUUUUUGUGUGUCUGGUUGUCGUUCUGACCAGCUCCGUCCUGAUCAUCGUCUACUCCUUCGUGCUGCCCACGGUCGUCAGCACCUACCCCGCCCCCUGGGCCACGUGGCACCUCUGCUUUGGCCACUGGAACCUGGUGAUGAUCGUCUUCCACUAUUAUAAGGCCACCACCACCUCCCCUGGCCACCCCCCAAAGGUAAAAUGUGACACACCGUCUGUGUCCAUCUGCAAAAAGUGCAUUAUUCCCAAACCACCUAGGACGCAUCAUUGCAGCAUCUGCAACAGCUGUGUGCUGAAGAUGGAUCAUCACUGCCCCUGGCUCAACAACUGCGUCGGCCACUUCAACCACCGCUACUUCUUCUGCUUCUGCCUCUUCAUGACCAUGGGCUGCGUCUACUGCAGCCUCAGCUCCCGAGGCAUGUUCGUCGACGCCUACAGCGCCAUUGAGACCUAUUACCAGACACCACCGCCUCCCUUUACCUUCAAGGAAAAGGUGCUUCAUAAGAGCAUCAUUUACCUGUGGGUGCUCACAAGCUCAGUGGCAGUAGCUCUGGGAGGCCUUACUCUCUGGCACGCCAUACUUAUCACCCGAGGCGAGACCAGCAUCGAGAGACACAUCAACAGAAAAGAGACCCAGCGUUUAAAGCAGAUAGGGAAGGUUUUCCGGAACCCACAUCAUUUUGGGAUAUUUAACAAUUGGAAGGUGUUCUUAGGUGUGGAAAAGAGAAGUCAUUGGUUGACUCGAGUUCUUCUGCCUUCUGGCCACGAUCCCUAUGGAGACGGAAUGACGUGGGAUUGGUCCCCUCAGAGAAGAGACCUGGUGGCGAUCUGACCCCUGAGACCCUGGUGAUAGUUUUUAAACUCUCACGCCACAGAACCACAAGGCACUGGGGAAACUGGACUGUGCCCCAUGAGUUCUGGGCCUAUGGAGGCAGUGCCCACAGGACCGCCUGUUAAGAGCUGCCAGCCCUCUGAAGUAUUCAGCAUGUCCUCUGCUGUACUAAUGAGUGUACUAAUGAGUGUGUCGGAUUGUGGAUGUGUCUGUGCGAGUUGAUGUGAUGAUGACAUGUUUCUUCAUUGUGUAGCCUCACAGGACUGCUGGGGUGUUUUUAUGUUUUUGCUAAGAAGAUCAUGAGAAGCUCUGAGGAACUUUCCGGGGCACCCAAAGGCUUUGUUUGAUUUCGGUAGUGGCCGCUGCCGAGGCUCCGGUCGCCACAAGUACUUUGGGGUUGUCGUGGCGAUUAUGGGAGGGGUCUUGCUUGGAAGCGCCCUAUUGAAUUUCAGAUCGCAGCAUUCACUGCCACAACAGCUGGGACCGUGUGGAGCUCAGCUCCGCGGAAAAAUGACUGGAUAUUUCUAACUGUAUGGUGUAUCUCAUUUAAUAAAAUGGGGAUAUUUCUAUUUU